AUGAAGCUCUCGGAGAACAAUCCAUUUCUUUCUCACCUUCUAUUUGUUUUCCUUGCGAGCAUUAUAUUAGGGGCGGGUAGAGCUUUGAGCAUCAGAUUUCCGGAUCGGAUCGCUGAAUUCCCCAAGGACAAGUCCAAUCAGCCCCUAAAAACUGCAGUUUUCGCUCUAGGAAGCUUUUGGAGGUCCGAGGCCGUGUUUGGAUGCUUGGAUGGCGUUGUACGGACGACCGUCGGUUAUGCCGGUGGAUCUAAAAUGAGCCCCGAGUACCGAAGCUUGGGUGAUCACGCCGAGUGUGUACAGAUUGAAUACGAUGCUAGGCUGAUUAAUUUCAGGAAACUUUUGGAGGUGUUCUGGUCCAGUCAUGAUUCCAGGCAAGUAUUUGGGCAGGGUCCUGAUGUGGGUAAUCAAUACAGAUCUAUUAUCUUUACAAAUGGAACUGAAGAGUCCAGAUUGGCUGCUGUCAGCAAAGAAAGAGAGCAAACUAGGUCAAAGAGCAGCAUCGUCACCACUCAAAUUCAACAUCUUGGAACAUUUUAUCCUGCAGAGCCCGAACAUCAGAAAUUUGAGCUCAAACAGAAUCCAUUUCUCCUCCAGUUGAUUGGGAACUUGCCUGAAGAAGAGCUUGAGAAGUCGAGCAUGGCAGCAAAACUAAACAGCUAUGCAGCCGAGCUUUGUCCACUGAAGAUGCAAAAGCAGAUUGAUACCAAGAUCAGGGAUAUCAUUAAAAGAGGUUGGCCCAUUUUAAGAUAA